AUGUCGAAAAAUAAAUUAAAGUCAGCUAAAUUGGAUUGGAGGGACAUACCAAAAUAUAUACCACUUAUAAAACAUUGGAAGACUCUCAUCAAUCUAGCUAAGUUGACAUAUAAUGCUUACGUCAAACCUGAAGACCAAGAUUGGUAUGAUCUCGGUAAAAAAUAUGGAUUGAAUGAUACUUUUGGAUGGGAUCAAGAUGGUAUCCGAGGUUAUGUUUUUGCUUCAAAUGAUAAUAAGACAUUAGUCAUUUCGAUUAAAGGAACUAGUAUGGGAUUUGGUGCUGGUCCAACUGUAGGCAACGAUAAAUUUAAUGAUAAUCGGUUGUUCUCGUGUUGUUGUGCGUACGUAGAUCGUACAUGGUCUUCAGUCUGUCCUUGUUACCUAGACAAUUACAGAUGUAAUCAAGAUUGUUUAGAAAAGAGUGUGGACGAAGACGAAUUAUACUUUGCAAUUACUUUGAAUAUGGUCGAUAGAAUCAUGAAAGAAUUCCCUAAAUCAGUUAUAUGGAUAACAGGACAUUCACUUGGCGGAGCACUUUCUUCAUUAAUAGGACUAACGUAUAAUAUACCCGCAGUAGCGUUUGAAUCUCCAGGUGAUAGACUGCCAGCACGUAGAUUACAUUUACCUCAUCCACCCGCAUUACCAGCGGAAAAAAUGAAUAUUUGGCACCUCGGCCACACGGCAGAUCCCAUUUUUAUGGGUGUUUGUAACGGAAUUCGCAGUUCAUGCUACGUAGGUGGAUACGCUAUGGAAUCGAAAUGUCACGUUGGAGUUACAUGUUCUUUUGAUUCCGUAGAGAAAUUGGGAUGGCGUGUUGACAUUAGAUCACAUCGUAUUCAGGAAGUUAUUGACAAAAUAUUGAACGUUUGGGAGACUCUUUUCGGCGAUUUUCCUCAUUGCUAUUCAGAUGAGGAUGAAGAAGAAUGUGUUGAUUGUGGUCUUUGGGAAUAUAUUGAAGGCAUUUAA